ACUGAUUGCAAUCUGCUCUGGUGACCAUCCAUGGAGCAGCCCCUACAGAUAACAAAAGUUCCUCCAGGAAAAUGGUACUGGAAAGAGGACACGAAAACACUGGAAUUUACAAGACGAUCGGACACCUACUUUCGCUGGGGACAUGGAUCUAAAUCCCCUGAAAGAAGCACCGACAGAAUCACGAAAUCUCCCAGACAGAAGAAGCGACAACAUGAAUUUGUGAGUCUAGAAGAUGUCAAGAGAGUGGCUUUAAACUUAAUUGAAGAACAAGAACGUCUUUGCUUGACUUUUGGAUUUUCCAGCAUCCUCAGAUCUCAGCAACUUGACGAUUUCCUCAUGGCUUUGAUUAAUUACUUAUACUGCUUUUUGGUGAAACAGUCACGUGGCAAGCAGCCCAAAUCUUUACUGCCGCGACCAAAGGUUCUAGAAGAAGAGGAGAUGGCGGCCAUCAACAAGACCGUGGAGGCCGCAAUGAAGCACCUCGCCUUUAAGUACUCCAUUCUUGUACUUGGAGAGGGGAUGGACAAGCAGCAUCAUCUGGCGUGCGGAAAGGGCAGAGCGUCGGCCACUCUGAGGGACCGCCGAUUCUUUGAGUGUUUAUAUAGUUUCUGCAUUCAAGUUGCCUGGGUGGUGUUCAGGCGCAAGAAGCUGGAAGCAAUUCAGGAAGAGGUUGGCAGAAUGCUGCGUACCAACAAUUUUAAUCCUGCCCUUCGGCUGAAAGAUACGACGCCAAGCAGAAACCUGUCUGGGAAUAAGAAAAAGAUGGCUACAUAUGCUGAAGACAGGAAAGCUAAUGCCAAACGACCUCCCGUAAAGAAGAUCAUCACCCAGCGCUCCCCUGUGCUCAGCUCCUUGAUUCCAACUCCCAAGGAAAGAUCUCAGUACUUAUUCCAGCAACAUGAACUUCACCCGAGAUGCACUGAACACCUGGAUAUGGAAGAGCUUCAGGAUUACAACAUCCCGGCCUGCAUUGGGAUAAUAGGAGAACCUAUGAGACAAUUUCACUUUCAUGAUCUUACACCAUUUGGGGUUGAUGAAGAAGAGGAACCAGAUCUUGAGAAACAGAACAGCUCCUCAUCCUUGGACUUCCAUGGCUUCUCACCAGUACGACCUCCUACUGGCCGCCAGAGCCAGGUUAUAUCCAGAGCCACCACAGAGGCCACGUACUCUGACAUCUAUUGAGGGUGCUGUAAUGGACUGCAGAUGUAUGCCGCCAGAUAUGGACUAUAUAGACUCUACAGGGAUCAGCAACCUUUGCCACUCCAGCUGCUGUGAAACUACAACUCCCAGCAUGGACACUUAAGGUGUAACUCCCAUAGACGUGAAAAAAGGAUUCUGGGAGUUGUAGUUUCAGAACAGCUGGAGUGCUGGAAGUUAGACCAUGGAUGACUACGGGCUGUGGUUCUACUGCUCUGCCCAUUAUCUGGACUACGGCCUCAUUACACAAGCCACGUCAUCGUCACAUCCGUGGCUCAGCAUUAAAGCUGUUCAUCUGUCUCUUCA